AUGUUCUGUAUUUAUCAACAAGCCCGAUUUUACGUGCCGAUUAUAGAGCUGUACGUUGAUUUCGAACAGCAUUCGAGCCUGGACCUGGUCGGCGAGGAGGUCGAUGUUGAUGAGUGCGGAGACCUAGAUUGGGAAGAAGAUAACAACAAUAGUGAAGAGGAGUUCGAAGCCAACUAUAAAGUCGAUGACGAAAACGAUGACGGAGACUUGGCAGGCAAUCCGGCGAUACAGAAUGAAGCGGACUCGAUUGUAAGCCGGCACCCGUUUGGUGUUCCAUCUUUUGUGCGGUCUUUGUAUCUCGAAGCCAUGCAUGCCCCGGAAUUUUCUGAGUAUGCGAAUAUGGGUGAAGGCAACAUUGCGGCGGAAGAUAGUGAGUUUAGUGUCAGAAUGAAAUUUAGCUCUACAGAGUCGGUGAUAUCUACAAUCAAAAGUUACACUAUCUCUAGAAGAGUUUAUUACACUAUGUAUGAGUCUGAGCCGCAGACAUUCUAUGCGAAAUGCAAAGGUUAUGGUACCGGGUGCGACUGGCUUAUUCGAGCUAGCUUGAUUCGAAAGAAAGCUUAUUGGGAGAUCAGGAGAUACAAUGAUAAACACACUUGCACCAUGGGCACGAUCUCACAAGAUCAUGCCAAGUUGGACUCAAAUACAAUUGCAGAUGCCAUUAGGCCGUUGGUCGAAGCAGACCCAUCGAUAAAGGUGAAGUCUAUUAUUGCAAAAAUUCAAUUCAGGUUCAACUACACUGUUAAUUACCGCAAGGCUUGGUUGACAAAGCAGAAAUCUGUCGCAAAAGUUUUCGGUGAUUGGCAAGUUUCUUACCAGAUUCUGCUGGUAUCGUUGAAAGCAAUGACUGCAAAGAUGUCGAGGUCUCGUGUCCAAAUAAAGACGCUCCCCGUUUACCGUGAGAGUGAGGAGGUUCAAGGUAUAAGAGUUCUGCAUCGUGUUUUUUGGAGCUUCUAUCCAUGUAUAGUAGCCUUCCGACACUGCAAGCCACUGGUGCAGGUUGAUGGCACACACCUGUACGAAAAAUAUAAAGGUGCACUUCUAGUAACCGUUGCACAAGAUGUGAAUCAAAACAUUGUACCUAUUGCAUUUGCAAUAGUCGAGGCUCGCAGUAACAGUGCAUGGUCACCACCAAAAGCGUGGCACAUGUUCUACAUUAGGCACAUUGGGUCCAACUUCUUAAGGAGGUUUAAGGCUCCGUAUUUGCAUAAACUUGUGGUUAACACAGGAUAUUCGAAGAUAGAACAGGAGUACAACAAAAACUACCAAAGGCUUCAAGAGCGGGGUGAGGCGUACACGCAAUGGUGUGAUGAGUAA